GGGCAGGGCUGCGCGCUCCGGUAGGUCCCGUGAGGCGCGGCUGCGGGGUCGCUGGGCCGCCAGGUGCGGGGACGUGGUGCUGGAGCCGGCGCCCGGCAGCUGCCUCGCGGGCCGGGGCAGCGCGGCUAAGCUGCAGGCGCCAGCAUGGAAGCAGGCCCAGUAGAGAGCCUGUCGGUGGUGUACCAGAGCCAGGAUUUCCUGGUGGUGAACAAGCACUGGGACCUGCGCAUCGACAGUAGGAUGUGGCGUGAGACCCCCACCCUCCAAAAGCAGCUGCGCCUCCGCUUCCCCGAAUUAGCGGACCCUGACACCUACUAUGGGUUCAGGUUCUGCCACCAGUUGGACUUCUCCACCAGCGGGGCCCUCUGUGUGGCCUUGAACAAGGCUGCAGCGGGCAGCGCUUACAAGUGCUUCAAGGAGCGCCGUGUCACCAAGGCUUACUUGGCUCUGGUACGGGGACACGUCCAGGAGAGCCGGAUGACCAUCAACUAUGCCAUCGGCAGGAACAGCACAGAGGGUCGGGCUCACACCAUGUGCAUCGAGGGUACACAGGGCUGUGAGAACCCAAAGCCAAGUGUCACCGAGCUGGUGGUCUUGGAACAUGGGCUGUACGCGGGCGACCCCGUCUCCAAAGUGCUGUUGCAGCCCCUCACGGGCCGGACGCACCAACUGCGCGUGCACUGCAGCGCCCUCAGUCACCCCGUCGUGGGGGACCUGACCUACGGGCAGGCGUCAGGCCGGGAAGACCAGCCCUUCCGCAUGAUGCUGCACGCGUUUUACCUGCGCAUCCCCACCCACACCGAGUGUGUGGAGGCCUGCACGCCAGAUCCCUUCGUGCCCACGCUCGAUGCCUGCUGGAGCCCCCACACCCUGGUGCGGUCACUGGACCAGCUCGUCCAGGUCCUGAGGGCUGCUCCCGACCCUGAGCCUGCAGAAGGGAGCCCCGGACCUUGCAGCACUCCCACACCCUCCACCAGGCCCCCCGAGACAGAGGCACAGCGGGCGUCGUGCCUGCAGUGGCUGUCAGAGUGGACACUGGAGCCUGACAACUAAGGGCGCCACGGUGGGUGGGAGCGCCAGCUGGGACCACUAGGGGUGGGGGCUUCAGGGGAGAAUCCUAGGCCCGUCCCAAGUUGGGGGUGUCCCUGUGUGCGGCGCCCGUGCGGACAGGGACGGAAUCCCCUGGCUGUGGCAGCUAGACCUGGAGAGGGGCCGCAAGGCCAGCAGGGGGAGCCAGGCCGCCACGAUUCUGGAGGAUGAGGCCUUCCUCCAAGCCCCCUCUCCCCCAGGGGAAACCAAGGCCUGCCUUCCUGGCUCCAAAGCUUCAUCCCUCGCGGCUUGUUUUUGUAAAUUUGCUCAAGGUCUCCCUGCAAGAGGCAGAGGCAAGAGCUGAGCCAGCCUCGAGUUGGGUCCCUCCGGGGGCCCCCAGCCGGGGCCUCAGAGCACCUGGUCCUCACCGUUCUCAGAGGUCCUGUGUUGGUCAGCCUAGCCGGGCUGGGCCUCCCCUCUUGCAGACCCUGACCCAUCCUGCCCGUGAUACUGCCUUGUGCCUUUGCUUCUACCAGACUCUGCCCGUGGGCCCCCUCCUACCCAGAUGGCUUGUGGGGAGGGUCUGAGCCACGCCUCUCGACCCUCUCACAAUGCCUAGGCAGCCAGCAGUCCCGGGUUUGGGCUUGGGAGUGAGGACGACCAGCCCCCAUCCCCCGUAACAGCCCCAUCAGCCUACUUGCAGCUGAGCGUCAGGGACUCAAUAAAUACUCAGUGACUGAC